UGUUACCACGAGGACGUUGUUUUCAUCCAAACCGAAUAAAACAGAGAUAUAAGUUAUUACACAGCACAGUUAUCGCGCAAUUGCUCAUCCUUUGUGCACGUGCCACCUAAUUAUCUGCGUGCAGUUGACUUGUGAACCUACGAGAGUGUUAUUGUAUUUGCAACAAAUUAUUGCUUGUUAUUAUUAUAUUUAAAGGAAGUGAGGCUUUUCUUUUAUGAUAAACAUGCAUUUACGGACUUUUGUGCUAAUUGCUGUGCUCUCUUUAGCUUUUGGACAGGACAGGAAGAUAACUUCAACAAUCAACCCAGACUGUGAUGCAUGCUCGUCAAAUACUACCCUCGUCUACAUAAAGGCUGAAGGCUCCCACGACACAUUACAUCAGCUCUGGGACUUCACGCAGGGAACUCCAACGGUCAUCUACACAGUAGCUGGUGUGAACUCGUCACUGCAAGUUGAAUGGCAACAUGACAAGCCUGUCAAGUUCAACAUGUCCGAAGACCCAAUUUAUAGCUUUGCUAUGGCUAUUUCUGAUAUAUACGAAUACAACGACCUAGAAGACCAAGGGCAUCCGAACAGCAGUACCAAGUUCCGUCAUUUCCCUCUAAAAGACCUGAGCUGGUCGCGUCAAGACAGUAUCUGCACUGAACAAGAGGCGAUGGUAGUGAUGCAAGCGCACAAGUACAGUCGGCACAGGAACGGAACCGUCACUAUUAAGCUCGACCUCCUUCCCUUCCGUGACUACGCGACCCAACUCCCCCACUUAAUCCACACAGCCAACUCCACCCUAAUAGACAUCCAUCUAGCCAACCUAACUCAAUCGCGCGACUUCAACGCGUCGCGAUUCGCGCUGCGACUGAUCCUAGUCGCGUCGGACGACAGCGGCGCGAUGGCGCGACGCGUCGAGAAGAGUUUGGAUGAUGAGCACACGCCCGGAGUGUUUGAGAUCAUCGAAAUCAAAACGCCCCGGUGUGUCAACACAGGAGCAGGCGGUUACAUGCAGUUCCGACCCGUCGCGUACACGCAGAAAGAACGCAGCGUCACAUCUUCUACUGUCGUGCACGUAUCAGACUUUAACAGUACACGCAUAGUCCCGCCGUCUACCUUGAUCCGGUUCUACCCCAACAUCGACGAAAUGCUCAUAGAGGAUAUGAUCGUGUCGUUUGGCGAGCCCCAAGACGGGUUCUACAGACAACACAACUAUACUGCUUGGUCCACAACAUUCGGCUACGGCUCCCCGCCCAUCGAAACCUUCUCUCUCUUCGUCAUCCUGGUCAUCACGAUCGGUCUAUCCGUACCCAUACUACUAGCCCUCUCCGGCGUCAUAUACGUGGUGUCCAAACGGUGCAGGGCCGGGAUCGAACCCGCGCGGCUGCGCGAGGAGUGACUAGCUGGCUUCCGACUGCUCAGUCAGGACGAUGUCGAGGACUUAACUUACUCUUAGUAGUGAAGUGUGGAUCUGCGUAUGGAACUGUACUAUGGGGUUCAAAGGAGUGUAUAGAAUUUAACCAUUUACCGUCUUAUUCAUAAAAAGUUAGUAACUGAUUAGUUAAAAAGUGUUUUGUCCCUUUCUCACGAAUGCAUUUGUCAACAUGAAAGAUAAUGAUAAACAAUUAUUAGCUAAUUCUGGUUUAUAAAGCGUUUAUGAAUAACGCCAUUAGUCCGGAGCGGUAAUAAUACUGACCAUGAUACUUUAAAAAACGCAUCUCUUUAGUAAUAAUUAAAGUUCGAAUUUGAAUGACUAGACAGAAAUGUUAAAUGAUUAAAGUGUUAAAAGAUAUUUAUUCGUGACAAACAAAAAACAGCAAGACAUGAAGUAAAAAAAUGUGUUAAAAUGGACCCAGUUCUGUAUAAUGCUAUUUAUAAAGCCAGCGCUUGUCUUCCGUAGUCUAUUUGUUUCGGAUGGGUCUUUUAAUGAGUCGAGUCGGCAAGACGCAUGUGACAUCCUUGCGUCCAUAGGCAGCUGUUAUCGUUUACAUUUCAGUUGACCGUAUGCUUAUUUGCUGUUAAUAUAGUUUAAAAAAAAAGUAGUAUUUAAUAUUUUCAGGCCUUUAAGCAUAUAUUUUAUGGCGGGGUCGCCAUGUAAAAUGAGUAUAAGUGUUUUAAUUUAUUUAUUUCUUUUACAUAUUUUGUUUAUUGAUUUGCUAGUAUGCUCGCCUGAUGUAACGGUUACGCAGCCUAUGGACGCUUGUUAAAGUCUUAAGUAAAUAUUUAGAUACAAAUAUAUUAUCAAGGCGUUAGAUUGCAUUUUAUAAAAAAUUACUACGGUGAUUUUAAUAUUGAAUUAAACCAUGAUAUGUGUAAGGUAAAGUUAUAUUAAAUAUUGACGAUACUUAUGGCUGAUCUCUGUAGUGCUUAUUGAUAAUAAUUGUAAAUCAGUUUCUUAGUACCCGACUUUGCGAUUAAAAAGUGGAUGAUAUGUUUAUUUUUCUAUAGUAAUGUAAAAAUAUAUGAAUUAUUGGAAUAAAUAAAUAUAACAGCUAGUUUUGAAAAUAAAAGUAGGAACCUAUCAGUGGCGGGGCGUGUAAAUCGUUGAUAAAGCCGGAGGGGUUUUUGGAAUCUGUUGUAUGGACUUCUACAGAUACUAGAGAAUUUUAGGGAACCCGUUGAGAAUCGAGUUGUAUCGACGCUCCUCCAAUGGAUCCUAAUUCCUAUGUAACUACGUAUAAACUGUCGAAAUUUUAAUGAUCUAAAGAACUAUUACUACUUUUCAGGGUUUUUAUAUUAGCAAUUUGAUUUUAUGAUUAGAAUAAAAUGUGGAUGUAUAUUUAUUGUAAACAGUAUGUAGUCUCAUGAAGUGUUCCUGAUUUAUUUUUGUAAAAUAUAUCGAUAUAUAAACGUGUGUAUUGAAACAUACACAGUAUAUAUGUGCUAAAACAGUAAUAAUAAGGUAGAAGUAGCCCGUCUAACCCAUAUAUGAC